UAAACCCUCAUUAUUUACAUAUUUUAAAGACGCUUGGUUUGUACAAAUCUUGAGUACUAUAUUCUUUGGUACAAAUAUUCUUUGUCAAAAUGUCGAGUAAUUACGACAGCGACGAUGACUACUAUCCACAAACUACUCUUAUGAGAUACGGCUCCUCCGUAUUACCAUACAACAACGCGUCAAUAGAAAUGCUGAUAUUAGAUGUUGCAAAAAAAUUUGAUUUUCGCGUAGUGAUUACCGAAAAGAUAGCAACGGAUAUGAUCGCAGUGACCACAGGGCUGUCUGAGUUUGGUGAUGUCGUUGGAAGUGCCUUGGGUUAUGCAUUAGGAGGAAAAGAAGGUGAACAAUGGGGCAGUGUAAUUGGAACCAUCGUUGGUGCAGCUUGUGGGGUUGGUCUCACAGCUGUGGCUGUCACAGAGAUAUGGAAUAGUAUCAAGUCAAAGCUGUACAAGAUCUUCAAAAUUGUCUAUGACUACUUGGCAAGUUUGAGAAUCACAGAUUACAGCAAAGCUGCAAUGAUGCUGACACAGAAGGGUCAUCUUGAAGACCUGGCUUUCGUCAUAAUGAGAGCGAUGUCCGGUGCCCUCGGACAGCAAGUUUUAUCCAGUUUAACUGCUUCUUAAAGAUCACAAUGAUGGGCCGGAUUCCGUAUAAGCCGUAAAAAGAAAAAAAUGUUAAUCACAAUGUAUAAAUACCUAUACCGGUUUAGUCGUAAUAUCAAAUGAAAACAAUUAAUUAAUGCUUGAUAAUAUUGAUGGUUUUGUGAUGUACAAAAAUAAAAUAAAUAUAUCGCUGUAUGGAAUUCAGUAA